AUGGAAGAGUUGGGAUUACCGGAGAGAUUGUUUCAAACUGGAUUUGAACCAACUGGUAGAAAAAGGGUGAACAAUUACUUCACUCUUAGAUGGGUUGAACUUAUCAAGCCUGCUCUUGAUGCCGAGUACCUCCAAAUGUUGAGUGAGUCUCAGUUUAAGAGUAUUAUGAAAAUGGGAGGACAUAUCUUCUCUGUGAUGUUUGUCCAUUAUCUUCUUUCGAGACAGUUGGUUACAAAGAAAAAGUAUGAACUUUGGUGGGUAUUUUCUGGAAAACCUGUUAGGUAUGGGCUUUCUGAAUUUGCCUUAGUCACAGGUUUGAAUUGUGGUCAAGUAUCUGGUGCUGAGAGUUCACAGAAGAAGAAAAAACAGAAACCUGUGAAAGGUCGACAGAAGAAAAAAGUGGAUAAGAAGGAGAGAGGUCCAAUGUGGGAAGCUUUGUUUGGAGAUUUUGAUAAUCCUACACCGGCUUGGAUCCUUGAUAAGUUACUAUUGGGAAAGAAGUAUAAGGAUCCUCUAUCACGUUUCCGUCUGGCUUUGUUGUUAAUCGUGGAAGGAAUUUUGUGUCCUACAAGUGGAUCAACAAAUAUUAGGAAAGAGGUUGUUGAAAUGGUUGCUGACGUUGACUAUUUUCUCAACUAUCCUUGGGGUCGGGAGUCGUUCUUGUUAACUGUUGAGAGUGCAAAGGCGAGAACUAAAGAACAGUAUGUACAGAAGACAACAGCAAUUCAAGGCUUUGCGCAUGCCAUGGUUCUGGUUGCUGCAUCUUCAUGUCCGGAGAUAGUUUCUUCAAGAGCUGCUGGGUACUCUUUUUUAUGUGAUGAUAAUAACAGUGAUGAAGUGGAGAAGUUUGUAGUUAACAUCGUAUCAGCGAAAACAAUUGAUCUGAGGGGUCAGGCUUCUGUAAAGUCGUUGAUAAGUGAUCAAAGGCAGUUGGAUGAUCCCAAGUUUUCAUUCGCUGAUGAAAAAGAUGACCCCACUGUUUCACAUUUGAUGAAUUUGAUAAUGGAAGAUUUUCCAUUCGAACAUAAUUCAUGGCAUGGAGGUGUUAAGGCUUCAGAAGUUGCUGGUGAUGAAGAUGAAGAGUUGGAGGCUGAGGAAACGUCCCCUAUUAAUGUGGUUGCUACUAUGUGUUCAGGGAAGAAUGUCGUGGUCAACUCUACGGUAAUAGAAGAAGUUGAUAAUGGUGGUAGAGGGCUUGUUAGGACUAAUCAGGUCGAUGUUGGGUUGCAAACAACAUAUGAGAUCUCAACACUUCUGAAGCAGUUGGUAGAUACCUUUGAGGAAAGAACGGCAAACAUAGUGAAAAGUGUUUCUGCAAGUUUAGAAGUUCAUAUUAAAACAGUGAUGGAGAAGCUGAAAUCUGAAUUUGAAGAAAAUUUUGAGAUAAGAAAGAGAGAUAUACUUGAUAUUCAGCAGCAGCAUUCUGGUGGAGGGUACAAUGAUGGUGGAUGUAGCGGUAAUAACUCAAAUGGUGCUGAAGGUUUUCCCAAUAAAGAACCUGGUGAUUUAGUUUUACAGGGAACGACCAAGAAGGUUGCUGUCCCGUCUGAAGCUAGUGAAACAGACUGUCUUCAUAAAAGAGGAGAGAAUGUCGGUGACGAUGAGUCUGACGAUAAUAUUUUGGAAAAUUUGAAUACAAAAUUAGGCAAGACAUCAAUUACGGGGAAGCGAUCCAUUGUCAAUAAAGUGCCAUCUGCAGAAGAUUCUUUAUAUGAGAAAGAAAAGAGAUUAAGCAAACGAACUCGAAGUUGUCCAGAUAGAUACAAUCCUUCACAAUCACAUUCGAAGAAAAGUCGAAAGUGUAAUAGAGAUAAAGAUGAGAGUUGGAUUGAUGGUAAUGGUGGUGUUUUCCCUGUGUCUGAUCAACUGAUUUCAGCAUCUUCUAAAAUCGUUCUCAUCGGUGGCUUUGCUCCUUUUAUUGAACCUGGUACCGAAAAGAUAAUUGCAUUUGAGGAAGCAGUUGCUAAGAAAUGGAUGCUACCAUUAUCCGAUGGAAGUUUUGUGAAUGCUGAUGUCUUGAAACCUCUUUUCUGUUCUAGCUACCCGAUAUUGUCAAAGGUUAUGGAGGUUGUAGUUUGUCGUGCUCGGGUCAGAUGCGAGCAUGACUCUUGUUCUCGAUUUUCAUUCCUUGGGCCUGAGUAUAUUCCAAAUAUUAGAAAAGAGCAUUUGAGGUUUUUGGCAGCAUCUGAUAAAGAUGUUUUUGAGUUCCCAACCUGUGUUAGUUUUAAUGAAGGAAAUCUUCUAAAUGUUGGAGCAGCUGCAGAAGUGUUGUAUUGUCCAGUUCAUAUUAAUGAACUUCACUGGGUUGGACUUUCUAUAGACCUAAAAGGGGCUACUAUUACCGUCCUUGAUAGUAACUUCGCCUGUGUUUCCGAGGAAGAAUUGGGGAAUUAUUUAGCUCCGAUUGCCGAAAUGUUACCAUAUCUACGAUGUGGUGUCGGUGAAGACAAUGAUCAUGGAACCACAGACAAGACUCCAUUUGUGAUUAACAGGCUUGACAUUCCUUUUCUAUGCGAGAUCCCUGGUUUGUCUGCUGUUGCUUCUUUUGUUCUUAUGGAGCUACAUGCUACAAACCAGUUGAAGUGUUGUUCUUCGCUUGGUGAUGUGAGUCUCAAAACCGCUGCUCGAUGUUAUGCUGUUGAUUGCUUAUCCUUGGAAUGA